CUUGCCUGGCGGCCCUGGUCCAGGCUACAGUAGCCGCAGCUCCAACGGGGGCGCACUUGUGGCUGUGCUGAGAGGGUAUUUCGAGACGGUCAGCAGCAAGGCGGGCAUCCACUCAGCAGACCACUCAUCCCUUCAUCGCGCAUGGCUUGGGACUCGCGGUAGGGCUGACGGAGCGAAUCAGUGCGCGCUCCAACCGCUGGCGCACCUGCCGCAUCGCAUCGGCCCUUUGCACCUGCUGCUGCUGCUGUUGCGCUGCUGCUGCUGCUCAGCUCGCACGCCCGGCCGGCAUUUUGCACGUUGCACUGUGGCCCAUUGCUCGUUGCAAGCCGCUCCGAGCUGUGACGGCGUGCACGCGCUUGACAGGACGCCGCUUGCCACACGCACUGCCGUCGGUGCAUUUGAAGGCCUGACCUGACCUGAUCUGACCCUCGACAACCCACGAUCCCACGGAUGGUGGAGCUUGGGUGCUAGCAGCGUGUGCCGCCCAUGAGCCCGCAAUCAACAUGUCUGGCAUACCGGACAUUCACCUCAACCACGAACGCUUCCACAGCCCGCCACGCUUCCACCGCGGCCCAGCGCCCAUGGCAAUCCCGCGAGCGCAAGAGCAGCACGUCCCGCCGCCAUUGCCUCCGCCAUCCUUCCUCUCCAUCUCGCCCAACCACGACCCAGGCUGGCAGUGGGGCAACGAUCCGAAUGGCUCUGACUUUGGACGACCAGCUUCAGUCAAGCCCGGCAGCAGUCUGCUAGGUGGGGCACCGGCGAGGACGUUUGGUGGCAGGGCGGAGAAAGAGAACGAUGCUGCAUACCACCACCACAUCGAUUGGGCGCGUCGCGGGAGCUCCAUCUCAACGGCGACCACCUCGACCGUUACGGGCAACAUCAACGACAUGGCAGAAAGUGGGAGCUUGACGCCCAGCGACGAUGGCAGCAUGUCACGGCCAACGUCAAACUACAGGCUCCAUGGCGAGAGACACCUCGAACAGCGCACGCUGGAAGCAUCAUCAAACACUUAUGACAAGCAGCUACUGAGCCGCAUUGGAGGUCCCAAUGGCCCGCCGACACCGAAGCGGACGUCGCUUUCUUACUCCAGCGGGAAUGCACAGGAGACUGCACAGCUAGCCCACGCAGAGAGCGAGCGUCGAAAUUCUCAGCUGCUGCGUCCGCUCUCCAUGCCCGAACGGCAGCAGCAACAGAGUUCGUUGGAUUCCCCCGCUAGCUCGCGUUGGCCAUCCUCCGGCGCAGUGUCUCCAGGGUUCACCGGCUUCUGGCCUGAGGGUGGCCCGACAGAGCACAGCCGUUUCCAGCCUUCACGACAUAGCAGUAUCACAUUCGAGGACAGCAUAUCGCAACGAGGGAGCUACGAUGCGUCUAUGUAUGCACAAGAAGACUUUGUGGAAGAUAGCCACAUGCGCGAUCUCCACAUCCAGGACCGUCUUGAUCGAAGUCCCGGGUCCGAUGCACGCGGACAAAAACGUCGUGCAUCAUCACCACCGCGAGACCUCUCCCGGGAGGAUCGCUCUUCGGUGAGCAGUGCUUCUACGCACAGUGAGGCUGCUCAGCGGCGAAACUUGUUUCACCAGCCACGAAUAUCGCCCAUCUCCAGACUUCAUCCGAAUAACUCGUCAAUAUCCUCCGCCUCAUCGUAUGGCCCAAGGCAUGGUUCCCUAGGAUCAUCCCUUGGUGGACUCAGCAUACCAAGCACUGCUGCGACUAGCUACUCCUCAGGCCGCAUUUCGCCGGGUGGGCUGUCUCCUGCUUUUGACCCCACCGAUUCCAGGUUCAGUGCACAGUUCAAAGGGCUCAGUCCGAACUCAGCCAUUGCUGCUCCUCAUCAGAGAACACUUUCGCAAAGCUCGCAAGGUCCACAACCGAUCGCCUCAGCUGACAGUGCACCCCAAUCACGCCAUCAUUCGGUGUCUCAAAUCCACGGAGUAUACAUCUGCGAAUGCUGUCCGAAAAAGCCGAAGAAGUUCGACACAGAAGACGAGCUACGCUUGCAUGAAUCGGAAAAACAGUACACAUGUGCUUACUGUCCGAACAGGUUCAAAAACAAGAACGAAGCGGAGAGACAUCAGAACUCCCUGCACCUGCGACGUCACAGUUGGUCGUGUGCUGCUCUCGCCGGUGUCGAGGCGGCCUUUCACGCCUCGUCCGCUGGCAGCGGACAUGAUGUGUGCGGAUACUGUGGCGAGGAAUUUCCCAACCCACCACAGUGGGAUCUGCGGGCCGAGCAUCUCAACCAUGUGCACAAAUUUGGCGAGUGCAACCAGGCGAAGAAGUUCUUCCGGGCUGACCAUUUCCGACAACACUUGAAGCAUAGCCACCAAGGCACCUCAGGGAAAUGGACAAACAUGCUCGAGCUGGCAUGUAUGAAAGACGAACCACUCCCCGAGAAGCGUGUUACGCAAUCCAGCCAGGCUGCGCCGCCCGCAGUACUGGUCUCUGCGAAUGGCAGCCCGCCCAGCACUCAGCCAGCCAAUACGACAGGAGUGGCGUCCGUGGAACCAAGCUGAAGUACACACAACACCACGCCGAUGGAAUGAAACACUUGAGAUUCGAAGAGCCUUGCAGCAGCAAGCCAGCCUUGACCACGAGAUCAUCAACACGAGCAAGUUUUCGGAUGAUCGCGUAUAGUCUGUCUGCCACUCCGAGAGCUCACUCGAGUACGAGCUCUACUUUGCUCGGGUACGGUGAUAGGACCGAACAACAAGACAGACCUCUAUAGCUCGAACUCGUGGGACAAAUCAGCUGCGAAGUCAAGCGCCUCAAUCCCACGAUCGGGAGCUUGCCCACAUCCAUUAUGGUCACAAGUGCUCGAGUCGCCAGCAGCUUGUAACCGUGAGCUCAAAAAUUUGGCUCACGAUGGCAAUUUGCGUCGUCAAUUGCGAGAGCCUCGCGGCGGACACGCACCGUGAUGCCGUCAGCUGCUCUUGGCAGGCUGACUUGCAGCGUCCAAACGACAAACGGUUCAGCCACGUCCGGUGCUUACGAUCCUUGCUCGUAGUCACGAGACUUGGGAGUACAAACUUGGACACCCUUUGUGGCGGCUGAUGUUUUGCGCAAUGCAAUCAUACUUGACCUGAGUCAAUGGCGUACCGGAGAGGUAGAGGAGGAGGAACUCUGGCCUCGUAGCUUUGACCAUCAGGAUUGCUGCUGCUGCUGCUGCCUUAGCGCUGACAUUUCGAAAGCGGGAAGGAUCGAUGAGACUUUCUCUCGCUCGCGUGAACGGGUGGAGGCACGAAGGAAGAGUUUUGGGUUACACGGGUGAUGGGUAGAUGUACGUAAGCAAGGCAAUGCAAGCAGAAACAAUGCAUAGAUGCGUGAGCACGCAGUUUCGGGGCC